AUGCCCGACUUCGUCACCGAGCGCCUCGCCAAGUUCAACGCCCUGCGUGAGAGGCACGCCGCCUCGCAGCCCACCGGGGGCCCUUUCACUGUCACGCUGCCCGAUGGAAAGACCACCGAGAUCCCCGCAAGCUUUACAGCCCUCGACGUGGCCAAACAAGUCGUCAAAAACAAGAAGGUCUACUCCAAGUUUCUGGCCGCCGUUAGGGACGACGAGGUCAUUGACAUGUCUGCAAGAUUAGGGAAGACCUGCAAGCUCGAGUUCCUCACCUUUGACGACCCUCGGGCAAGAGAAGUUUUCUGGCACUCCUCUGCGCAUCUUCUGGGCUAUGCACUUGAAAAGACAUUCCAGGCCCACCUAGGUCAUGGCCCGGCUAUCGACUCCGGCUUCUUCUAUGACGCCUUUUUCGAGAACUCUCUGAAGAUGGAGCCCGAGAGUCUCCUGCAGCUCGACAAGGCAGCUGCAGAAAUCGUGAAGCAGGCCGCAGCAGCACCUGGCGAUUCUCCUGUCCGCCGCUUCACACGUCUCGAGGUGACCAAGCAAGAGGCUCUCGAUCUCUUUAGCUAUUCGAAACUGAAGUCAGAGCUUAUAUCGGAUCACGUGCAAGAUGGAGAGAUGUGCAGUGUGUACCAGUGCGGGGAUUUUGUCGACUUCUGCCGCGGCCCACAUAUUCCUGACUUGGGUCUUAUCCAAGCCUUCAAGUGCAUGUACUCCUCUGCUGCCUACUUCAAGGGCGAUCAGAACCGCGAGUCUAUGCAGCGCGUUUAUGCGGUUGCCUUCCCCAGCAAAGACCAACUAGAUAAGCACAUUGAACUUCUCGAGGAGGCAAAGAGACGAGAUCAUAGAAAUCUAGCCAAGGAAAUGGAUCUUUUCAUGACGCACAAGUAUGCUCCGGGCGCGCCAAUGUUCAUGAACAAUGGCACACGGAUCUACCGCAAGCUCGAAGCUUUUAUUCGCGAGCUCCUCCAUGAGUUUGAUUAUGAAGAGGUCAUGACACCGACGUUUCUCAACACUGAUCUUUGGGGUAUCUCUGGGCACCUGCAGCAUUAUAAGGAGAACAUGUUCUUGUUAGAACGCAAGGAGAAAACCGAUCCCCAAUACGGUCUGAAACCCAUGAACUGUCCGUGUCACUGUCUCCUCUAUAAGAACCAGCACCACUCAGUACAAGAGCUUCCGAUACGGAUGGCAGAGUUUGGAGUUGUGCACCGCAAUGAGCUUUCCGGUGCCCUCUCUGGCCUGACUCGUGUAGUGCGUUUUGAGCAAGAUGAUGCACACAUUUUCUGCACCGUUGAUCAAAUAGAGCAGGAAAUGACUGGCUUGAUCGAAUUUAUCAAACGCGUUUAUACACCCUUCGGGAUUGACUUUGCUCUAUCCUUAUCUCUGAGACCAGAGAAAAAGAUGGGCUCCGAUGAGCUCUGGGAUCGUGCAGAGGGCACCCUUCGCAAAGUCUUGACGAACACCGGCCUCGAUUUUAAGGAAAAUCCCGGGGAUGGAGCGUUUUACGGCCCGAAGAUUGAUGUCCAUCUAACAGAUGCCUUAGGAAGACAGCAUCAGUGCGGUACCAUUCAGCUUGACUUCAACCUCCCCAGUAAGGAUAGGUUCGACCUGCUUUACAGUGUUUAUGACGAAAAGACAGGCAGCGUGAAGCAGGAGCACCCAGUGAUGAUUCAUAGGGCUAUCCUUGGAUCCGUUGAGCGCUUCAUGGCCAUCCUUAUUGAAAACACGGGAGGCCGCUUUCCCUUUUGGAUCAGCCCUCGUCAAAUUGUGGUCAUUCCUCUCCAUGGCGAAGAUAUCGUUGCAUACGCCAAGACCGUCCGCGAGCGAUACCAUUCAAAGGGCUAUUUUGUAGAUCUCGAUAUAUCUUCCGAAAAGAUGGAGAAGAAAAUAGCUGUUGCAUGGAACAAGAAGUACAACUUCAUUAUGGUUGUGGGAGCUCAGGAGAAAGGAACCUGCAGUGUAGCUCUUAGUGGCCGCACGCUUAGCGCUUACAUCGGUGAAAAGGACAACCAGCGAGCACGCAAAGUCCUUACCCUAGAGGAAACGGACGCCCUGCUGGCAGAGCUGUCGAGUGGCCGCGCGAACAUGUGA